AUGUACCCGACCUCACUGCAUCGGUCCGGCACGAAGCUCCUCGGCACGGCGGAGUUCACAAAGCUGCACGACCUCCGCGACUCCUCCAUGAAGGGCGUCGACGCCAGGAAACUCGCCAGCGUCCCGCUGCUCUUAAACCUGCGUCAUUCUCCUAGUCCUCUCCCGUUCUCUGCCUCUGCCCCGUUCCCGACGCCGGACGCCCUCGCCGCCGCCGCUGGACGCCCCUCGUCCCGCCGCCGGACGCCGCUCGCCCCCCGCUCGCCCCGCCCUUGCCUCCCUGGACGCCAUCACCCCCACUCUCUCCGCCGCUCAGCCGCUGGACGCCGCUCGCCCUCAACGCCGCCGCUGGACGCCGCUCACCGCUCGCCCAGUCGCCCCCGACGCCGCUCGCCUCUCGCCCAGUCACCCCCGACGCCGCUCGCCGCUCGCCGCUCGCCCUUCGUGCCGCUUGCUUACCUUGCUGAGAUGGAGGUAAAACAUAGAUGCAACCAAGUCCUGGAACUUGGUUUUCCUCUAGGAGGAAUAGCCCAGCUGUUUGCUCAACAUUGGGAGGGUGAUGUCACUGUUGUUAUGCCUGCAAUGCUCGCUCAGUUCUCCAACUAACUGUUCUGGACUGGGUGAAGCCAUAGCAACUUGCCAAAACUGAAGCAGCAAGUGCAGUUGAGGAGUCAAGGAGGUUAGUGGAGCGAAGAACAGUUUUGGGACUACAUCGUGCUUUGAGACAACGUGACAGAAGCUCCCGCCCCAUCUUCCUCGGAGAAUGGCUCGGCAAAGGGACUCGUUGCCAAGCAAGGGAGUGCCGAAGGUGAGGCAGAGGACUGAGAUGGGAGAAGCGAUGGCCUGGAGAUGGGAGAGGAGCCAAAGAGCAGUGAGAGAGGCGGUUGUUGCUCCAAAGGAAUUGCCUGUGAGGAUGAUCACCUUAACUUCCGCGAGAAACUCCUGAAUCUGCACGCAAAAGGCAGCUCAAUGCUUGAAGUGUUUUGCCUUUUUUACUCUCAGAAUGAAAGCAAGAAUUGAAGAAAAAUUAAUACAUGCAUGACCCAAGGCAACUUUUUAUUAGUUCAAA